GACAGAGAGAGACAGAGAGAGAGAGAGAGAAGGAAGCAGCCGGCCGUUCAUUUGUGCCCCUGAGUUAUGGAUGUUGAUGCGUUCACUUCAGGCCAGAUCAGAGCUCUGAGGAAGAUAGCCAGCAGCAUCCAACAGCAGCUUUCUACUCAUCUUUUACCGGGUUUUACCCUUCCAGUAUGUUUCUUCUGAUGAGACAUUUUCUAACGCCGAGAGUUUCAGUACAAUGUGGAAAUGGAUACUGACACAUGGUGCCUCAGCCUUUCCCCACCUGCCCUGCUGCUGCUGCUGCUUCUUGCUGCUCUUCUUGGUGUCUUCUGUGUCUGUCACCUGCCACGACAUGGGCCAGGACAUGCUGUCACUGGAGGCCACCAACUCUUCUUCUUCCUCUUCCUCCUCCUCUUCCUCCUCCUCCUCCUUCUCUUCUCCUUCCAGUGCGGGGAGACAUGUGCGGAGCUACAAUCACCUCCAAGGAGAUGUUCGCUGGAGAAAGCUGUUCUCUUUCACCAAGUACUUUCUCAAGAUUGAAAAGAAUGGAAAGGUCAGCGGGACCAAGAAUGAGAACUGCCCAUACAGUAUCCUGGAGAUAACAUCAGUGGAAAUAGGAGUGGUAGCAGUGAAAGCCAUUAACAGCAAUUAUUAUUUAGCCAUGAAUAAGAAAGGAAAACUCUAUGGUUCAAGAGAAUUCAACAAUGAUUGCAAGCUGAAAGAAAGGAUAGAAGAAAAUGGAUACAAUACCUAUGCAUCCUUUAACUGGCAGCACAAUGGGAGACAGAUGUAUGUGGCAUUGAAUGGGAAAGGAGCUCCAAGGAGAGGACAGAAAACAAGAAGGAAAAACACUUCUGCUCAUUUUCUUCCCAUGGUAGUACAUUCAUAGAUGAAGCAUUUCUUGAUACAAAUGAAAUCAAAAGGUCUCUUGUUGAGAAAAUCUGGUAAUUCUCGAGAAGAGUAGUCUGGAAAAGCAAAGACAUUACUUGUUUGAGAGAAGAAGCUUUUGAACGUUUUUGUACUCACUGCUGGCAAGAGAAAUCAUUUAAAUUAGUUCUGUGUCAUAUCUUAAAAUGAAGAUAUAGACUGGAUCAGAUGGGAUGGAUGCUCUUUCCAGAGUGAACAACUUGGCUAUUUUUUGUUUUGUUUUGUUUUGUUUUUUAUUUCUGUGAUAGAACUUGGAGGAUGUGAGACAAUCGGAUGAAUGAUCUUCGGGGAAAGUUAUUUAUGGAAUACUAACUCAUAUCAAAGACUUUCAAUGCUCAUUCAAGCCUGAUGAUCCAAUGAGCAGUUAGACACGCAAGCCUUUACUGGAAGCACUUGGGUCAUAAUGCACAACCAAAGGAGUUUUUGGUGUGGCAACGUGAAAGAAAGGAUAGGAUUAAGAAAUAUAAACACAUUAGUGCAAAACUGUUCUAACAAAACGAAUAAUAUGGUAUGCUUAUGCAUUCUACCUUCAUCCUUUCUAUUUCUUUCUAAGUUAUUUAUUUAAUAGGAUGUUAAAUAUCUUUGGGGUUUGAAAUAUUUUCUUCAGCAGCUGCCUCUGUCUUUUCUUUCAGUAUAUCAUAUUCAUGUUCAUGUAGUAAUAUUUUUAAUAUUUGGCCAACACUUGGAGAAUGGGAAAUGAAUGUGGCUGUUAGACCAUCCUGGGAAAGCAGAUUUUGUUUCUAAUCUGCUGUCCUUUGCUGACAUUGCACUUAUGUAAUAAGCCCCCCAAAACAGUGAAUCUGAGAAGGGCUGAGAUAUGUGGUCAGUGUGAGGUGUCUGCCAGCCCCUGAAUGCAUUGACCCUAAUAUAUCAUAUCCAUGAUGAAAUGAGCACAAAUGGCCAGAUUCUGUUCUUGGUAAGGCAUUCCUGACUCCUAAUGCAUCAGCUUGGUGGUCUAUAUAUAUAUAUAGACCACCAAGCUGAUAUAUAUAUAUAUUCAAAGAAGUUAAAUCUAAUUGUAAAAAAAACAAAAAACAAAAUAAAACAAAACAAAAAAAAAAAAGAACCAACACAAAAUUCCUUGGCCCCACAUGCUUAUUAGUGAUUCAUUGACACAUAUCACAGCAGCAAAUGAUGAAAAGCCUGUCUGGUUGUAUAAGAACCAUUUGUAACUUUAUCAGCAUCAAUCUCCUCUAAAGGAGCUUUUGAGGCAUUUGUUAUAAAGUACAACUCUUUCCAUGAAUUAGACUGAAUAAAUCUGUCCUGGUAUAUGUGUAAUCAUAUACUGAAAUAUGUUCAAACUGUAUGAUCUAAUCUUUUUUUAAUCUUCUGUCCUGUAAAUUUAAGAGCUCUGGAGAGCUCUUUAAUAUAACCAUAUGGACAUUCAUUUUGUUAGAGCAGGUAAACAGAAAAGAGUACAUCAGAGUGUACCAGUCUUCACAUUGUAUUCCACUAAAUAAAUACAUAAGCCUUCUUUGCAGUGUCUGUAGUGAAAGAAAAUGUAGUAUAAUAUUAUUUGAUCUAAAUACUUUAAGUAAUAACUGAGAGUAUAUUGAUGCUGCAGUUUUAUUUCCAUAUUUCUUGUUGUGAAAAAGUCUGUUUAUUUUUAUUGUUUGGAAACUGUAUUUUGGUAUAAAGGAGAGACUCAGUAAAUGUGGCUUUUUUCUAAGGUUUAAUCUUUCAGAAAGGCUGGCAUUUUGUCAUCUUCUUAUAACUUAUUUGAGUCAAUGUUUAACCAGCACUUCCAGUGUUAAUCUGUUACUUAAAUAUUAGCUGUAUAAAGCUUUCCAUAAAGUACUGAGUGGUCAGACUUUUAUCCUUCUUUAAGUCAAGUUGGAUGUUUUUCUAAAAAAGAAAUUCAUUGGAAGCAUAUAAUAUUUUGGUUUAUAGAUAAAGUUGCAUUUCAUGGUAAUUAGAUUUCAACAUGUUUGUUGACAAAUGGGAUUUUUAAAAAUCCAUAUUCUUGAAUACCUAUGGUUGAAAUUCUGAUAUUAAAAGUUAACUUGGUAGUAGAACUCAAAGCUAAAAUGUAUUCACCUUUAUCAGGGUCAGAUAUUCUUGGUUACAUAUUUUAAAAUAAUAAUUGACUAUGGCAAGUCAACAUGGACCACCCACAACCACAAUGCACCAUUUGGUUAGACAAAUACCGUAUUAGAUGACCACUCCAACAGCAUCUAGGGCAUAAACUGGGUUCUCAUUUCAUGUAAUCGUUUAGAUUACUGAAGAGCCUACACAUAAACAUUCAUAAUUAUAGAAUUCAAAACACUAAAAUAGCUUCUAGCUAAAUGUAUCAGUGCUUGCAGAGGCCAAGAAUAGAAAAUAUCCAAAUAUCCUUCUUCCUUCUCGCUCUCCCCUCCUUCCUCCCCCACAAAGUGAACGGGGAUAAAGACAGGAAUUAUUUCCUAAGAAGUGAGAAAAAAGUCCUGAUUUUAAAAUUGUGAUUCUUUGUCAGACCCUAGUCUUCAUUGUAGCUGAACUGCUACUGAAGAUAAGAAGGGUCUAAUCCUGAACCCUUCACUUUAACAACUUCCUGGAAGUUUGGGGAGCUCUUCCCAUGUGGAAGAUGUAGACUGGGAUAUGACAGUGCUUCAACCACAAGCAUGUAUCAAUGUGAAUGUUGGUAAUUGAGGGGAUGCCCCAAAAAGAUAAAAGAAUUGCUCCUCCUUCCUACCUCUCCCCAAAACGGAACCAUGUACAGUAUGUUACCUUUAAAUAAAAACAAUAAAAUGCUGGGAAUAGAAAAUACCAAAAAAA